AUGCGUCUCCACCUCAUGAUUCAACGCCACGGUCUACCCGUAACGCGCAUUCUGUGGACGACAGCAUCGCCGUCUCUUUACGGUCAGAAUACAUCAUCUGCGCUCCCUGCAUUCGCUUCAGCCAUUACCUCUUCGCGCGCGCCUAAUGCGCUCUAUGCGAAUGGCGGCUAUACUAUUGCUCAGCUCCUGGAAGAUGUAAAUGAGGUUGUGCCUCUUGAGACGGAGCCGGCACUGUUUGACAGUGAAUUCAGUGGGCAAUGGGGACUUGAAGACUAUGUAGUUGAAGUUGGGGGCUCCGAGUGUCUACAUUUCAUGGAGGUGGAAGGUCUUUUAAGAGAUGGCGAUGAAAUUUUGAUUCGUGCACUACAAAUAUCCGACUUGCGGGCUAGGCGGUUGACCGGGCGGCAUCAAAUCUCGACCGAUGGCAAGCACCUCAUAGACGGUGUACCUUUUGGGAAACCUUUUCUGAAAAGACCUGUCUCUUCAAGACCUGCAAUUACGAUCCCUCCACGUAAGAGAAGGCGUACGACAUUUGCGACGCAAGAUAAUUUAGGAGGACAUCACGAGGAGGAUACGGAGUGGGCUCUUCCGCGAAUUCGCUCUUUCCAAGAGCUUUCUGCUCUCAGAGGCGUUGAUGAGCCUGAAAGUGGUAUUAUGGAUGGCAAUGUGGAGUAUAAUGACGAUGAGGAUGAGGAUGAAUAUGAGGACUACCAUGAGAGUCACGAGGAUGCUGGCAAUGGGACCGUUAUUCGCCAUCACGUCGGUAGCACUGAAAAUGUCGAAGCAUCAGAAAGUGACACAGACGCAUCUGAUAUCGAUGCUAGAGACUUGGAAGAUGAGAUAAAGGACCUAAAAGAAGAUUUAGAUAUCUCGGCCAUGCCAGAAACCGAGCCGACAGAUGACGAACAACAUGAAGCUGAACGCAGAGGCUACGCAUUGCGCUCAAGGCUGAGUAUCUCGCACGCAGUACCAACCCAAGGUUCAGUUGCACAGGCCAUUCAGGCUUCCUCAGAAGCAGGGUCCUCCAGAAGGGAUUCAAAAGCGGUUAGGUUCAGUGAGCAAAAGGAGGAAUCGCCGAUGCUUCUUCCCCCCCAAGAAUCUUCCAUAACCAAAGCACCGUCAGCUUCGGAAUCAAGCUCCAAUUCAAGCGAUAGUGCCAGCAGCUCUUCUAUGAGUGACUCCAGUGACACAGAUACUGAUGAAGGCUCGAAGUCGGAAGAUGAAGAGAUAUCAGCUGCUCCACUAGUAGCCAAUCCACCUGGCCAUGGCUCCAUAAAAACGAAGAAGAGCAAUCAGCGCAACAAAUUGCGACGAAGACUGUCAAAGUUGAAGGAGCUCGGCGCGUUACCCGCGGAGGCAGAUUUUGCUGCUCUGCGGGACUGGGAGGAAAAAAAUGAAGGCCGCCGUUUUGUGCCUGAAAGCUCAGGUUCCAAUAAAGGCCCUGAGAUGAAAGAGUUCGAGGAAAGACGGCAAAAAUUGCUGCGCGAUAUUGAAUCAGGGGGCAUCGACAUCACCGACGGUACAUUUUCCCCUCUAAAGCCGGUGGAGGGAAGCAACCAGGAGCAGUCUAAAGAGAUCACAGAGAAGCGUGAUGCUGCUGUGGAGGAGGCCAGCGAAGUCGGUCCAGAACCAAAACGACGUACCCUAGAUGUCGCAAGCUCCAGAAGGUUACUCUUCGGCUCACUUGGUGUUAGGACGCCGCGGACUAAAGAAGACGAAGAAGCUACUCGAAAGAAACUCGCAGGGAAGGCGAGCAAUUUCGUUCCUCAGAAGAAAAUGUCUGAUGAGCCUACAGGUGCUCUUGAGAGUGGCCUGGAUGAUGACUGGCAAAAUAAACUCAUAAUUAGAGCUACUGAAUGCGUUUAUGAUGAUAUUCAGUUAACGCCGCCUCCUUUCCCUUUCGAGCAGCGUUGGGAUUACGAAGCGGGUGAACUCAUGAGACAACGUAAGGGCUUAGGGAAGAAGAGGAAAAGGCGCCAGCAACUCCAAGUUUACGAUGGGGAAGAGAAUGAUAAUGGAGGUGGUGAGGAUAGUUUUGUCGACGGUGAUCUGCAGCUCAACUACGAUGACUCGGAGCAACUGUACAGCGUGGCAAACAAUCACGAAGCUGCGCAGACUGCAGAGGAAAAAUCAGAUGAUCUACCUUCAGUACCAAGUGACCCAAGCUCUCUUCGUGAUCUUGUUGAAGAUGACUUGAAACGUGGAUGCGUACUUGCCUUUAAACAGUUGGAUGUGUCUAAGGCCACAAACUGGCAACCCACCGUGACAGAUUUUCGUGUUGCGGAGAUAUAUGACUUGUAUGAUGAUAGGAUUUUCAAUCUCCGGCUUGCGAAGCGAGAUCGCAGACAGGUCAAAGAAAUAGAGCUUGAGGAAGAUGAACCUCAGUACACUGGAUUUGAAAUGCCGGGCUAUGAAGACGAUGGUGAAGAUGACGGUUUCAGAGAGAUGUCCUUUGCCGAUCUUAUUGAGCCGAAGCUUCUUCGGCCUGCAGAACUUGAAAAGACUAAGCAGACCAGCAAUUCCCCAGAGGUAUGUCCGCGAAGUCCCAGUCCGGCUACGAAUCAGCCUGAGACGUCCGGCGAGUUAGCAAAUUGUGAACAGACAUCCAAGGAAUCCAGCAAGCUGCUUAACAGACCGGAUCCUGAGGUACCUACAAGCAGUACGACCGAUGACACAUGUGCUUCUGCAGGAGAUGUCAGUCCUGAGAUCAGGUCACCGAUAUUUGAUGGGUUCCAUUCUUUUAGCCCGACAUCAGGGCAAGCGCCGAAGUCAUCCGCUACGGAUCAGAAAAUAAGUGAUUUUGACAGCACUCGCUCCGAUCCUCAUUCCCUUCCGGGCAAAGAUGUUCAGUCUAUGUCUCACUCUUCUCCGCCUCCCAUUUUCCCUGAUAAUUUCUCAUCGUUACCGCCAUCAGAUGACGAUCUGCAGAUGCUUAGCACCCCAGGGAGUGGAGUUUCUUUCGGCCGCCUGAUGGACCAGCUCUUCGAAAGCAAACAAGGGACAAAUAACUCCCCUCCGGUCAAAAGGGAAGUGAAUCGACCCCCAGAAAGGUCGGUCUCUCAGUCAUCGCCUGAUUCCGUCGUUCCCAAUCCGUUCUACAAAAGCGAUAAUGCCCGCGAAACCCGGCGUCGACGUAGUUUUCAAAAGCAGAGAUACAGCAUUAAAGAAGGAGACACAACAAUGGAUUACGUGUCCGCAGUGGAAUUUCCUUCUUCGCCUUCUCCGCGCCGAUCAGCGAGGGUGAAAAAGAGAAAGUCAUACCCGUCGCAAGAUGAAUCAUUAGUCAGCGCUGCCAUAGGGAGCAUCUCACCGGGCACUCAGGAUUCCUCCGCAUCCCGCGAGAUAAUCGACUUGACUCAAUCCAGCCCUGCAGGGUCUCCCGGCGGCAAUGACCAGAAGUUUGCUCGGGCCCGUCGGCUUCCCCGAGGCCCAAGAAGGGUGCAGAAGAAUAACCUCAGUACCCGCAAACAACCCAGGUUGUCGUCCGUGGGGCCAAGAGUACAGGUCCUGAAAGAGGUCAGCCUUAGCCCAUCAUCCCGGCGGGGAAGAAAGCGGAGGUCGGAAUCAUAA